CCGCCAUCACCCACCAACCGACCAGCUACAGCUGUUUCUCUCUCAUCAUCGUCUUCCUAUUUACUUUUAAUUAGCUCUGUAGAGUGAAUUCGUUAGUAUCUUGACUUUGCUCACUCCUGUCCCUCCGUUCAAUCUUUAAUCACUCCACGCCGACAUCAUGACCGGCUUUGACUUCUCCAACUACAACCGCAACGCGGCUCUCCACGCCAAGGGAGUGCCUCUACCCAAGGCUACAAGCACAGGUACCACCAUCGUGGGAUGCAUUUUCGACAAUGGUGUUGUGAUCGCAGCAGAUACCAGAGCUACUAGUGGACCCAUCGUAGCAGACAAGAACUGCGAGAAACUACACUACAUCGCACCCAAGAUCUGGUGUGCUGGUGCUGGUACAGCUGCAGACACUGAGUUCACCACUGCCCUCAUUAGCUCGAACAUCGAACUGCACUCCCUUUCAACAGGCCGGGAUCCACGAGUAGUCACUUGCAUGACCAUGUUGAAGCAACACCUCUUCCGAUACCAGGGACAUAUUGGCGCGUAUCUAGUCGUUGCUGGUGUUGACCCGACAGGCACCGGCCUGUAUACUGUUCAUGCCCACGGGUCGACAGAUAAGCUUCCUUAUGUGACUAUGGGCUCUGGAUCGUUGGCGGCUAUGUCCGUCUUUGAGUCGACGUGGAAGGCAAACCUGGACCGUGAGGGCGCGAUCGAGCUGUGUGCAGAGGCAAUCAAGGCUGGUAUUUUUAACGAUCUGGGAUCGGGUAGCAAUGUCGAUGUGUGUGUCAUUGAGAAGGACAAACCCACGCAGCUCCUGCGCAACUACAUCAAGCCCAACGAGCGUGGUCAGAAGGAACGUAACUACCGCUUCCCCAGGGGUACGACGGCCUACUUGAACCAGAAGGUCAUUAGCAAGGAAGAUAUGAGGAAAUAUGUUACUGUGGAGGAGGUCUCUGGGGAUCCAAAUCUGAUGGAGGUGGACUCGUGAGUUCAGAAGUAGCCCGAUUUUAACAAAGCCAUGUCUAUUACAUGGAUCACGUAUAAGGAAUUACAUGAUGAGAUUGCUCGCAAUAAUCCUGUUCUAUAUUAUCGAAUAGAGAGAAAU